AUGAUAGAAGUAAUCACAAAAUCGCAAAUCUUUGGUGAAACUAGAUGCUGGAUGUACAACAUUGAAUGGCAAAAGCGGGGCCUUCCACACUCCCACAUUCUCAUUUGGCUCAAAAAUAAAAUAAAACCCACUGACGUCGAUAGCAUCAUCAGUGCUGAGAUUCCGAACCCUCAAGAAGAUCCUCUACUUUUUGAUAUCGUGACAAAGAAUAUGAUCCAUGGUCCGUGUGGAGGUUUUAACAGUAUCUCACCCUGCAUGAUAGAAGGAAAAUGUUCCAAAAAAUUUCCAAGAAGAUUAAUUCAAGAAACGCAAUCAAGUGAAGAUGGAUAUCCAUUUUACAGGAGAAGGAAGCCAGGAGAUGGAGGAUACACCGCGAAAAUCAAGAAACUAAAUGGAAAUAUUUGGCAGGAAAUAAUAAUUGACAACAGAUGGGUUGUUCCUUAUAAUCCUCUGCUAAUUAAAAUGUUUUGUGCUCACAUUAAUGUAGAAUUUUGUCACUCAGUGAAAUCUAUCAAAUAUAUUUUUAAGUAUGUCAACAAAGGUAGUGACCAGGCAAUGUUUGGAUUGCACAAAAGUGGACCAAAUUUGGAUGAAAUUGAAUCCUUUCAAUCUGGAAGGUACAUCAGCUCCAAUGAAGCUGUUUGGUGGAUAGUGGGAUUCUCAAUACACGAACGUCACCCAACUGUGGUGCAUCUCAGUGUGCACUUAGAAAAUGGUCAAAGAAUGUAUUUUGAUGCAGCUAGCUUAAAAGAAAAGUUACAGUCGCCACCAAAAUCUACCCUUCUUGCAUUUUUUGAGCUGUGUCAGAAUGAUCCUUUUGCGCAAACAUUGCUUUACUGUGACGUACCAAAAUAUUACACAUGGAAUACAUCCCAAAAAUGUUUCAGUAGAAGAAAGCAAGGUAUUGAUGUCAAAGAUCAUCCAGGAGUAAAAAUGAGUGAUGCCCUUGGACGAGUCUACACUGUGCAUCCAACAAAUGCAGAAUGCUUUUAUCUGCGCAUGCUCCUUCAUGUUGUAAAAGGCCCGACCUCUUUUACUAAUUUAAAAACUGUUGAAGGUGUGGUGUGCCAAACCUUUCGAGAGGCUUGCCAAAGACGAGGCAUGUUAGACAACGAUGAGCAUUGGGAAGCAGCUCUGGCCGAGGCUGCUCAGACAGGGACAGCACAGAGAGUACGCCAUCUUUUUGCUCUUUUGUUGACAACAUGUGGAUUAUCAAAUCCACUUGAUCUUUGGGAAAAAUAUAAAAAUGCACUGAGUGAUGACAUACUUCUACAAAAGAGAAGAGAAAAUCAAGAUAUUCUAAUUGAUUUUUCAAACAUAAUAUAUGAUGAGGCCUUGAUUGCCCUGGAAGACCUAUGUUUAACAAUGGCUGGAAAAGACCUGAAACAUAAAGGUGGAGUAGUUUUCCUGGAUGCACCAGGGGGAACAGGCAAAACAUUCCUCAUUAAUCUUCUUCUUGCUAAAGUCAGGCAACAAAACAAGAUUGCACUUGCAGUGGCUUCAUCUGGUAUUGCAGCUACACUUCUUCAAGGGGGUAGGACAGCACAUUCUACCUUCAAGCUACCACUAAACUUGGCUCAUGGUGAUACUCCUGUUUGUGACAUAUCCAAAGACUCUGGCCAAGCAAAAAUUCUUCAGAUUUGCAGUUUAAUAGUAUGGGAUGAAUGUACUAUGUCUCACAAAAGGGCUCUUGAAGCAGUAGAUAUGUUAAUGCAAGAUUUGAAAAAUAGCAAAGCAUUAAUGGGCGGAGUAGUUGUCAUGUUAGCUGGUGACUUUAGACAAACCCUACCAGUAAUUCCAAAGUCAACUCCUGCAGAUGAGCUCAACGCCUGUCUUAAAGCUUCAUACCUCUGGAAGUAUGUCGAAAAAAUAACCCUUAAGACAAAUAUGAGAGCUCAACUUUCUGAAGAUCAAAAUGCUGCUAAUUUUUAUAAACAACUAUUAACAAUUGGAGACGGCAAAGUUCCCAUUGAUUCAAAUGGAUUUAUUAAUUUUCCUUCACAGUUUUGCAACAUAGUCAAGUCUCUCGAAGUGUUAAAAUCUAAUGUUUUCUGUUAUUUACCAGAAAAUUUCAGAAACCAUGAGUGGCUGUGUGAACGAGCUAUUCUUGCACCUACAAAUGACUCUGUUAAUAGAAUCAACAUCGACAUUUUAAACCAGCUGCCUGAUGAUUGCAAACUUUACAAAUCGAUUGACAGUACCUUAGACCCUGCACAAGCUUUAUAUUAUCCUGCAGAAUUUCUGAAUUCUUUGGAACCACCAGGACUUCCACAUCACAAUCUUCAACUCAAAAUUGGUGCUCCGAUCAUUCUCCUUAGAAAUCUUGAUCCUCCAAAGCUCUGCAAUGGAACCCGUUUAGUCAUUAAAAAUCUUUUUUCAAACCUUAUUGAAGGAACCAUACUGACUGGCUGUGCCAAGGGAGAAGAUGUUUUUAUACCUAGAAUUCCUCUCAUACCAUCUGAUCUGCCCUUUGAAUUCAAGCGUUUGCAGUUUCCUGUUCGGCUCGCAUUUGCAAUGACAAUAAACAAAGCACAGGGGCAGUCACUGAAAGUUGCAGGAAUCAACCUGGAAUCCCCCUGCUUCUCUCAUGGCCAACUUUACGUUGCAUGUUCCCGUGUGGGUUCUCCACGAAAUCUGUUUGUAUUUGCUGCUGAGCACAAAACCAAAAACAUAGUAUAUCAACAGGCUUUAUGUUAA